AUGAGUCAGUCAGAUCUUGAAAAAAAUAUCGAUAACGUUGGUGAUACCAAGAAGAAGAGUUCGUUGGAUAGCUUCGAACACUCGUUGGAAGAUGAGCUGAGGCAGACAGAGGUUAAAACCAAAAAGAGUUCAUGGUUCGAUAUUAUGGCGUCGCUGUUAAAUGCAGAAACAAAAGGUAUUGAAAUAGUGACUGAUGAAGAGAAAGGUAAUGAUUCUAUAUGGAAUGCCGUCACUAUGUGGCUAUCAGCAGAUUUGGUUAUUGCAACAUUCGCCUUGGGAGCACUUGGAGUUACUGUAUUCCACCUCAGCUUCUGGCAAUGUGUGUUAACAAUUUUAUCUUUUUCCUUAUUAGGUGUCUUUCCAGUUGCCUAUUUAUCUAUAUUCGGACCUAAAUUAGGUUUAAGACAAAUUGUUCUAUCUAAGUUUUUGGUAGGCGACUAUUGUAUGAGGAUAUUUGCUUUCAUUAAUGUUAUUGCCUGUGUUGGUUGGGGUGCAGUUAAUAUUAUGAGUGCUGCUCAAUUAUUGCACAUUGUGAAUAAUGGUGCUCUCCCACCUUGGGCUGGGUGUUUGAUUUUAGUCAUCUGUACGAUUAUUGUCUCAUUCUUUGGAUACCACGUUAUUCAUAUGUACGAAACGUGGUCAUGGGUACCCAAUGCAGUUGCAUUUAUUGCAAUAAUUGCAAGAAUGGCUAAGUCUGGUAACUUCACGUAUGGAGAAAUGAUCGGAGGCCCAACAACAGCAGGUAAUGUUUUAAGUUUUGGUGGUACUAUUUUUGGUUUUGCCACUGGAUGGACUACUUAUGCUUCAGAUUAUACAGUGUAUCAACCUAGAGAUGUUAGUUCAGCCAAGAUCUUUUUUGGUAUCUUUGCUAUGUUGUAUUCAACUUUAAUAUUCACCUUAAUAUUGGGUGCAGCUUGCGCUACUGGUACUCUUACCAACCUGCGUUGGGCGGAGCUUUAUGCUGAUAAGUCGAUUGGGGGUUUAGUCUAUGCUAUCUUAGUGGAAGAUUCCUUACACGGUUUCGGGGAAUUCUUAUGUGUUCUUUUAGCUUUGUCGCUCAUUGCCAACAACAUUCCGAAUAUGUACUCUCUUGGUUUAUCAGCUCAAGCGGCAUGGUCACCAAUGGCCAAAGUCCCAAGAUUAGUGUGGACUCUUUUAGGGAAUUUUGCUACGUUGGCAGUCUGUAUUCCAGCAUACUACGAAUUCGAAGAGGUGAUGGAUAAUUUCAUGAACAUGAUUGGAUAUUACUUGGCGAUUUACCAGGCCAUGAGUUUUUCUGAGCAUUUUAUUCAUAGAAGAGGUAACUUUGCUAAUUACGAUUAUGAAAAUUUCGAUAGUAAGUUGUCUUAUCCUAUUGGUAUCGCAGGAAUUUUUGGUUUUUGUUGUGGGAUUGCGGGAGUUGUUUUAGGUAUAAAUCAAGUAUGGUACUCGGGUGUACUUGCACGCAAAAUUGGUGAAAAUGGUGGUGAUAUUGGAUUUGAAUUAGGCUUCAGCUUUGCAUUUGUUGGGUUCAAUUUGGUUAGACCCUUUGAAAAGAAAUAUAUCGGUCGUUAA